GACACACACACACAGGAAGAGACACACACAGACACACACACAGGACACACACACAGACACACAGAGAUACCACCAACACCACAAGCCUCAUCAUCACCAUCAGUAUGGCAGGCAAAGGGAUCGUGACCGUGGUGAGGCCGUUCCCUCUCAUCGGCCUUUCGUGCUCAGUUGUGGCCGCGACCCUGUGCCUCCUGUCGCUGGCCAACUCUGCGUGGGUCACAGCGGACAACUUGAGCCUCUCGCUGUGGGAGAUGUGCAAGCUCAAGAGUGGCAAGGCGGGGGGCCAGUGGGACUGUGUGGACGCAAGGACCACGGACUGGAAGGUGGCUACAAUCGUCCUCAUGUUCCUGGGACUCAUCCUCACUCUGGUGGCCGUGGCUCUGGGCCUGUGGUCCGUCUGCAAGUCCUCCCACAAGUUCCUCAAGGUCAUCGCCGGCAUCCUCUGCGUGGCCGUGUUGCUCCAGAUCACCGCCCUCAUCCUGUACCCGGUGCGCUUCGUGGAGGACUCGGUGCUCCACUCGUACCACGAGUUCAGCUGGGGCUACGGCGUCGCCUGGGGCUCCACCAUCUUCCUGGUCGGGGCCGCCGUCUUCUACUUCCUCAAGCCUCACGACUACCGCUACUCACAGGGACCCCUGCAGCGCUAAGGGGGUAGGGGCACACAGGGGUAGUCGCGUCUAGGGGGGGUGGCG